AUGAAUAUUACAGGAGUAAAUGAGCUCAAAAGUAAAGGCAAAGAAAUUUCAACUAAUCAAAGACUUGAAAAACCAUGCGAGAGUAAAAUUUCCGAUUCCUUAGCUAGAGAUCAGCUAGUGGCCUACGAUAGUCUUAUGCGCGAAAACAGUCCAAGAAUAUUUCAGAAGGAACCUGAUUCGUUACAGCUAUCACGCGUUUCUAUGGCGCAAGAAGUCAGAGAGGACAUAGACAAUAUCAAUGAAGCCUACUGCUGUCAGAAAAAAAUAAUCAGCAAUCAAGACGCUAAUUCAAUGCUUCCACAAUCUUCUCGAGAAAAUCGAUCAAGAAACCAUGCAAUUUCCUGUCCAAUCUCAUCCAAUAUUUCAAAGAAAAACUCGAGCGAUGAUUAUCGUGAGUCAGGUGACAAAAAACUAGGCACAAAAUUAGAUAACUAUUGUUUGAAAGUCUCACCCUAUGCGAAAUCUGUAUCAGAGUCUGAAGACUCUAAUCAAAUACAAGAGUUUUCAGAUUCUCAAGAUGAUUUAGAGCGAAAUUCGGGUCUAAACGAUUUCAACUGUCAUAAAACACGAACCUCAAGAGUUCUUUCCCUCUCCGAAAAAAAAAGAAUACUGAACGUGAAAGAUCAUAUUGAGCUUAUUGAUUUAACACGGCAACACCAAAGUGGGCAACAGGGACAACUUCGUCGAGCUUCACCGCCAUUGAAUCCCCCUGUACCUUUGAAUCUCACCACUUACCAUGCUAAGAAUUAUCCUCAAAAAUAUCAUGAGGUUCAAUUAAAUAGAAGGAAAAUACAGCGAAGUACGGGAUAUAAAAACGACACUUCAAGCGUAGUUACUCCGAAAAUCUCCGAGAAUUCACAGUCCCCGAGAAUUUCAGUACCCAAUGAUUUCAUAGAUGACUCACUAAGUGACUUAUUUUUGAAGAUUCCAACUCACUCGCUCCCCCCAAUGAAACCAGAUAGUGAGAACUAUCCUGGCGCUCUAGAUAUUGCUCUCAAAAAAAUUGAAGACGAGAACAAGUUUAUUUAUUCACAGUGCCAAAGUAGUCCAGUAUUUAGUGAUGAAUUCUUAAUUUCUGAUCUUGAAUCUCAUGAAAUGGAAGAGGAAAUGAUCCGAAACCACUCCGAGCGCUUUAAAGAUAGAUGUUUGGAAGAAUCGUCAAGAUCUAUAGCUGUUAAAAAUCCGUAUCCUAUUUCGACUAACGCUGGUGACUUGGACAAUGAUUUGAAAAAUGACCCACUUCAAUCUUUAAAAAUUAAUUCAGAUAAAGAUUUUUCAAUUAGUCACGGACGUCCCACUAAAAUUAAGAACUCACCAGUGGAAAAUUUUCAAAUUCUAGAAAGCUGUGCAGACAGGAGUGGGGAUACCACUGAUAAAUUCGCCAUCGAGAAGAAGUACAUAAGCCAGGGCUCUUCAGUAAUUAUUGAUUCUAAAACAGAGUCUACGAAAGACAACCAGAAGAUGUCUGAAAUUCAUUCAAGAAAUGAUACUUCGGAUCCUAGAAAAGUAGAUACAGAAAAUCAUUCGUCUCCCCUCACUAGAUGUUCAAUCUUUGAAGAAGAGCCAUCAUAUGCUCAUAUUGAGUAUGCUGAUGAAUGUACAAGUGAAGAUGACUCUAAGUAUAUUGAGAGUCAUGGUAGCCCCAAACUGUACCAGUUAACCCAGAUUCAUGAUAUAAAUGGCGCCAAGACUAUCAACGCAAACCCAGAGAAUGAAAAUAUUUCAGAUGUAUAUAUCAGAGAAAAAUACUCAUAUAUCAGAAGGAGAGACUCGGAAUCAAUUUAUCCACAUUUUGCUGAAAACCCCAAUUUGGAUCAAGGAUUAUUCUCUUGUCAUAUUCAACCCAUAGAAUCCGAUUCUUCCGAUAUGAAUUACAGAAAUAACACUGGUGAAUUUGUCGAGUGUGCGCAAAACACUUUUUGUGGUAUUCAAAAAUGGAUUCCGGACGAGGAAAAUUUAGUGACAGAAGAAAUUCCAACACAUGGCCAAAUUAUGAACUCUGACGGUUCUUUACCACAAGUAUACAAUAAGAUACAGGGCUUCCAUGGUGUAAAGACCCAACAAUCCAAUCUAUCGUUUACAAAUUUUCUUGAUCGCCCGGAGAGCUCUACUCAGGGAAUGCAAAGAGCGGAGAGUGACUUCAGUCAAAUAGGAUCUCAGGCAUCUGUAAAAUCUGCGUUUUCAAUUAAAGAAUUUAAAGAACUGCAUAAGAGGAAUACGGAUAUGUAUGAGCAUAACCUUAAGCUUAUGGAUGUAAUUAUAGAGGCAACCGAAGAACUUGAAUUGAUGCAAGCGCAGGCGCAGGAAGCCUACACAGGAAUUGACAAUCUUCCAGUAAAUCCCCUAACGUGUAGGGUACUUGCGAAUGAUUGGCAGCAAAAUUUACACGGCGAAAUUCUCAAUCGGAAUCGUGAGUAUGAAAACACUUCCGUUCAAAAUUUGUCGGCACAUCCUACGCAAGUUCCGCAAUUAAACCUGGGUAGAUGUGACAUUCUGGAUAAUUCAUAUGAUCAUUCAGAGUUUUAUGAAGCACCUUCAUAUCCGGAUUCAGCAUUAGAAAAUUGUACGGCACCAUCAGAUGAUUCUGCAGCCCUUACUGCCUCGGAAAAUUCAGAAAGGAAAGAUAAGGGGAAAGGUAAAGCCACAUAA